AUGAGGCCUCAUCGCCUCCUACUCGUCUCCGUGUACACUUGUCUGAGCUACUCAUCGUCCUUGCUAAUUGCUACCGCGCUCUCCUUCAGCUUCAACUUCUCCAGCUCCGACGAUCUCUGUGACACGGAGCUCAGAUGCGAACAUGACGCGCGCAUGGUCUCCGGCGCUAUCGAGCUAACAAAGAACGAGCUCAAAGCCAACUUCUUCAGCGUCGGCCGAGCAUCAUAUGCUCGGCCGGUGCCGCUCUGGAACAACGCCACCGGUGAGGUGGCCAGCUUUUCCUCCAACUUCACGUUCCGGAUCAGGCCCAAGAACGAGACGGACGAAAAUCUUCGUCUAUGCAGCUUGAGCCACGUCACUCGUGACGGUGCUGGUGACGGCAUGGCUUUCUUCCUGGCGCACUUCCCGUCGAGGCUCCCUCCCAACAGCGUCGGGGAGAACCUCGCUCUCUUCAACGACAGCAACCGCUUCAACGCCGCCGGCGAUGACCGCACCGUCGCGGUGGAGUUCGACGCCUACCCCAACUCCUGGGACCACAGCGACAACCACGUCGGCAUAGACGUGAACAGCAUCGACUCCAGGGCCUACACAAACGUAACGAAGCGCUUGGUCUCUGACGACGCGGUCAUGACUGCCGAGAUCAGCUACGACAACCGCACGGGUGUCCUUAUCGCCCGUCUUCGCAUCGACGGCGACAAGCCGUACAUGGUGAACGCGUCAGUGGACAUGAAGGCGAAUUUGCCUCAUGAAGUUGCAAUCGGCUUCGCCGCAUCAACUGGCAUCUGCAGCGAGCUACAUCAGGUGAUGUCUUGGUUAUUUAGCUCCACUCUAGAUGAUGCCACGGUGGCUACUAGCAGCACCAGUCCUCGGCGGCGACUAGUGCGUGUGCUAAGUGCCUUCCGCAGUAGUAGCUUUUCUUGUGUUGCUCUGCGCCAUCGCCGUCGUCCUAGUCCGUCGGCGACGCAUAUGGGAGAGGCUGAAUUCGAGAGAGGGGUAGGCCCUAGAAGGUACCGCUACCGUGAGCUCGUGGCGGCCACCAAGGACUUCGCGGAGGAGGGAAAGCUCGGGCGAGGUGGCUUCGGCAACGUGGAUCGGGGCAGCCUGAGCGACCAAGACCGCCCAGUGGCCAUCAAGAUGCUCUCCGCGGAAUCGUCUGCGCAGGGGAGGAAAGAGUUUGAAUCCGAGGUGAAGAUCAUAAGCCAGCUGAGGCACCGGAAUCUUGUGCACUUGUUAGGCUGGUCCGAUAGCCGCAAAGGACUCCUGCUCGUCUACGAGCUUGUGCCGGAAGGCAGCCUUGAUCGACACAUAUACAACACUGAUCGUCUACUCACUUGGUCAGAGAGAUACAGAAUUAUCCUUGGCUUAGGAUCUGCAGUACGCUAUCUCCACACGGAGUGGGAUCAGUGUGUGCUGCAUGGUGACAUCAAACCAAGCAACAUACUUCUUGACUCAUCACGCAGCACCAAGUUGGCGGAUUUCGGCCUGGCGAGGCUCGUGGAGCAUGGAGCCGGACCGCGGACAACGCAUGUUGUCAUGGGCACCGCAGGGUACAUAGACCCGGAGUUCGUCCGCACACGCAGGCCGAUCACCGAAUCCGACGUCUACAACUUUGGCAUCGUCGUGUUGGAGUGGAUCUGGAACCUGUAUGAGAAGGGCGCCAUUGUUGAAGCGGUGGAUGAGAGGCUAAAGGGAGACAAGCAGCUCGACGAUUGCAAGUGGCAGCUACACCGGGCGCUGGUUGUCGGGCUCUGGUGCACGCACCCGCGCCCGGGCGUGCGGCCGUCCGUUGUGCAGCUCAUGAACGUCUUGCAAUCUGAGGACGUCACGCUACCGACCCUGUCAAGGCCGGGGCCGUCCGACAUUUCUCCUGGAUCACAUGCCUACAACGCGUCGUCGUCGGUCAAUGUCUGCAGUGAUGAUGUGUCUUGGGCCACCACCGGCAGAUGAC